AUGAGUGAGGCGGCACAAGUUGCUGCUCAAAAAACAAUAUAUUGCCCUGAGCUUGCUCCAUUUGAGAAGAUUUAUCGCGAUAUUCAUCGAAACCCAGAACUUUCCUUGCAGGAGGUCCACACGGCCACCCUGGUCGUCGAGUUUUUGGAGUCUCUUGGUGGCUACCAAGUCAUCAAGGAAAUCGGAGGACACGGCUAUGCAAGUACCAGGAUUGUUAAGAGUAGUGACGGGAAAGAAACACCGGUGAUGCACGCAUGCGGCCAUGAUAUGCAUACUGCUGUGUUACUUGCUGAUGCAAAGAUGCUUCUCGACGCAAAAUCCGAAUGGUCUGGCACUUUGAUUGUCUUAUUUCAACCAGCGGAAGAGCUCGCAGUGGGUGCACGAGCUACGAUCGAAGAUGGUCUUUACGAUCCAUCCAAGUUCGCUGUUACUAAGCCAGAUAUAGUACUUGGAUUAAAGACGCAUGCUUUCAAAGCUGGUAUGAUUGCUCUUGGCGGAGGUACGAUCUUGACAGCAGUGGAUUCAUUCGAUGUACGGAGUAGGCAUAUUUGUCGUGCCGACUUGUGUGUUGACCCCGUUGUGACUGCCAGUCAUAUCGUGGUGCGAUUGCAAAGUAUUAUCACAAAAGAAGUGCGACCAGAAGGAUUUGCGGUGAUUAGAUGUGCCAGUAUUCAUGGUGGUAGUACCGCAAACAUCAUACCUGAUUUUUGA